AUGGGUUGUGGUCCGGACGAAGUUGGGUCCACCAUGAGUGGCGAGGAAGUAGAGAUGGCUGAGGAAUGGUUUUUCCCUCGGUGGGGGUUCCAUCUGGAACCUGUGGGGUCGGAGGAUCGAAUAACGAGGCCUCCUCCGGGCCGGAUCAGAGUGUACUUGGAAACACUCUGGGCCGGCCUGCGGUUCCCCCUUCACGGGUUCGUGAAUGAGCUGCUGGCGGCGUAUCAAGUCGUCCUGACGCAGCUUGCUCCGAAUGCGUGGAGGAUGAUUGUCGGUUUUUUAUCCUUGUGCCUGGCGCACGGGGUGCCGACCUCUGUAAAUGUCUUCCGGUGGUACUUCUUGUUGAAGUCCAACCCAGGAGAUGGAGAGUGGCUCUACCUUGCCCUUCGAGGUGGUCGACCACUCUUCCAGGGUGCUCCGACAUCCAUUCAUGGAUGGAAGGAGAAGUUUUUCUUUUUGUUUUCCGAGCGGACGUGGGGGUUCGAUCCUCGGUGGGAGCAAGCCCGAAUCAAAAGCACCAACAAGCUCCCCAACUUGUCCAAGGGCGAGCAGAAGAUCCUCGACGCUCUUAGCGGCCUCGGGGAGAAUAUUCUGCUGAACGACCUUGUGAGCGAGGACGCUCUGGUCAAUGUUGGCCUGAGCUCGGUACGCCCUCAGGACGUUCCGAAGAUGGUGAUGAAGAACGCGGCCCUUUACGCUCGGUUCCGAAAGAGGGCAGCCGAGAUUGGUGGGGCUCCGCCCGAGCCGAGGAAGAAAGCCAGGACCGUAUCUAGUGCAGGUGUUGAGGCGAGCAUAGCCCAGGGCGGGCCUUCCAGGUCGGAGGUGCGCGCUGCUGAGGCGCAUCUAGCCGAGGCCCAUUCGGCGCUCGCUGUCCGCGAGCAGGAGGUGAAGGUUGCCCAGCUCAAGGUCAAGGAGCUCGAAGCCCGCGUGGAGAGGGCCCAGGAGGAGGCUCGGCACGCGGCUCAGCACGGGGUGAGACUCUUUCGAGAAUCGGAAGAGUUUCGUGACCUGUUGGAGGAAGAGACCGUGGACGGGCUCAUCCGCGGCUUUGAGGACUUCCGUAACCAAUUGAGGCGUCUCUGCCCCGAGUUCGACCUCAAUCUGCUCCAACUCGGAGCGGGGGUCAAGGAGGGGGAUGGGUCUGAAGACCCGGCUGGGGCCGAAGUUCAGGCGACCGAGGAGGAUGAGGUUCCCACUGAGGGGGAUCUCGAAGGAGCUUCUGAUGCUGCCCUCCGAGCUGCUGGUGAAACCCAGGCCGAGACCUCCGCUGCAGGUGGACUUGAGAGAGCUCCGAUAGAGUAUGCCGAGAUGAUUGCUGCGGAUGACCUCGGAGUUGCGCCCGCCUCUUAG